AUGAAUACCCAUUCCCUGCUUCUUGCAAUCACUCUUCUACUUUUGACAAUAGUACUCCUACUCGAGGUAAGUCAAAUCAUCUCAAAACGGAUUCGAUUUAACUACGCCUAAAGCAAUUUCUCUGCAGAUAGGCAUUUUAUAGAUUCCAGUUUUGAUUUGUUACUAGAUAGACUGUUGUUUUAACUUCUAUCUUGUGUAAGACUCCUCGUUUGCAAGAUUUUCAAACCUUCGAGUGGCUUUUCUAGAUCGCAUUGCUCGUAAUACCGAGUAAAACAGGAAUUACACACAAUAAGUGUUUGGCUUGAGACUUAUCGAGUAAGUUUUCCUUCGCAAGUAAGGAGAUUAGCUGCGAUCAAUGCCACCCAAAAUCUGGCGUAAUCCUUCAAACAGAUGCAAUUUAGUUCUCGAUUGUUGAUAGCAAGUUUCCAACAAAUAUGUCCAUCACUUUUGCAGAGUUUAUGUAUAUACACUUGCUGUGUUUUAAAUGCCCCCUCUGUGUGAUUCACUUUUGUUGUUAUUUACGUCGCGAAAAUAUGCAUUUUCCAUCCUAAAUGACCUUUCACCCUAUUAUGCAAAGAUUGAUCUCUCUGUAGUGUGUUUUCUUUGUAAUUCAAGCGACCUCUUCCAAAUUGGACUGUCUGACUCUGCUUUUAUCAUAAUUUCUCUUGGUUUAAAGACACUUUUUGCGGACAUUUUAAAGUCAAUUUUGAAGGAAAUUUAAAAUGAUACAUGCUACCGCGAACAAAAACUGACGAGCAAAAACGUCGGAAAAAGCAGUUGGCUUUUUUUGAGUCUCGUUAACAAAGGAAAUUGGAAAUGCAAGGGUUAUCGUAAACCUGACUCAUCCUUUACAAACACACAACCUGUUCCAACUUAAUUUGCGAUACUGAGCAAUUUGAGUGAUACUUAAGUGUCAUUGACGUAAUUAUCUAUAGUACAGUUGCUUUGUGAAUGUAUUAGAAGAAAAUAAUUGUCGGCUUUGCGCUUAAAAACGUGAGCUUAUCAAACCACCCGGCAUGCCGGAAAUCAAGGAUAUAUUACUAUUCUGUGAUUGUUAGGAGAGUUAGAUUUUAUAUCACAAACAGCUUUAAUUUUGAUUGAAUCGCUUAUUUCAUGCCUUGUUCCUGAGAUCGUACCACGAUUUAUUGUAUAAGGGGUAGAUUUAAGAUUUCAACUCAAAUAAUCAUAGUAUUUUCUUUGACGACUUUUGCGUAAUCAAUUCAAUAUAAUUGUUUUUAUUAGGUUAAUUCUUCACUUGUGGUAGUUGUAGCCAAAGUCAAUUCAUUUGAGUUGGCAAAUCGGUUUAAAUUACCCGAGACAGCUGUAGACGUUAAACUAGACUGACUGAAAUUUUCACGAAAGAACUGAAAAUUCGUUUAAUUCGAAUUUUUUACGUUUUUUUUGCUGUUUCUGCAACGUGAACAAUAUCUGUGAUGUGUAAAAUCGUCAAAAAAAAAAUCUUUUUCAGUGAAGAAGGAAACAAAGAAAAUACUAAUGGCGUCGAUCCGUUCCAACUGUGAUCCUUGAGCUUUGAUAGUGUUUACAGCUAAAUUGGCUACCUCAAGCUCAAGAUAACGGAAAAAGCUAAGAGACUUGUUGCGAAUAAUUUCCUUUAACCCUCUAUUUAUAAUUACUGCUACUUUUUUGUACCAAAUUUUCACUAUGGCUGACUAUCUUAUCAAACGGUGAAAUGUAAAACUUGACUCGUUAAAAAUCUUUUCAAAACCCAGUAUACAAUGUACUUUUUUUUUCUUCACAGACAUUUGGUAAAAACAGCAGUUCGUCUGUUAAAAAAGGGUCUCAGCUGCUACUAUUCAAGCGCAAAACCUCCCGUCUUGAGUUAAAUUGUCAAAAGUUGAUGAGACACUGAUCAAGACUCUUUUAUAUCAGUUGUAUUUCCCAUAGCAUUGUUCGGGUAUUGAUAAAAUUUAUAAAUUAUUCUAAUUUGAUUCUGGAUUCUUCUGAGAGCAAACAAUUUAAGAGUGAAAUAAUGCAUAACCAUUUUUUAUAUGUUGGUUUGAGGUCUUUAGUAAUAAAGCUUUCUUUCUCCCAUUUCUCUAUAGAAACACGUGGAAGGCCAGCAAUGCGACAAGUGUAAAGGAUCAUUCUUCAACUUGCAGUCAGAUGAGCCUGAGGGCUGUAUACCAUGCUUUUGUUUUCAGCUGUCGAAAGAUUGUAAAUGCGCCGAUUUUUACAAAGACAUAGUAAGUCAUAAUACUUGUGAAAAAAAAAAAUUAAAACGACUUCAAAUCUCAAAACAAAAUGCAGUCAAUUGUAGCCUUGCGGACCCCUCGCUAUUACGGUCCCUUCAACCAUCAGGGAGAGGAGCCAAAUCCCCGACAAGAAUCAAUUGCAGACGUUUGACUGAAAGAAAGUUCUGCUACUAUGGACUCUUGUUAUUACGAGAACUUACUCACGGUCCCUGGAGUGUCCACAACGGGCGGAAGUAGUGUACAUGCGCAGUGUCUAUCGUCUGUAUUUUUGUAUUGAGCGGUCUGCUUUGAUCUAUUUUUCUUCUAUUUUUGGUUCGUUUGUUUUCAUGUUUUUGUUUUCACAUUCUCGCAAACACAAUGCAAAACUUAAAGAUGGUACAUACCGGCAGUGGUAACGCAAUUCGCUAUUUACACCUCUCCAUAAUACACCUUGUUUGACCCCCCUCCCCCAUCCCCCCUCCAUUUAUACAAAAAAAUAUGCAGGAGUAGUGUAUUCAUUUUUUUUUGAAACGACUGAAAUACUCAGAAGAGAAGAAAAACAAAGCUAUGCAUUGUUUGGGAGGGGGGGGGAGGGGGGGAAGGAGGGCAAACAAGGUGUAUAGUGGGAAAUGUGCACAUAAGUCAAUUACACGAUGACGAACAUUGACUUAAACUGCCAGAAUCCUUAUCAGUUAAAGUUUCGCUAUAUCAGUGUUCCAAAACAGUGAAACGGUGGCCAUGUUGGUAUUCCAAACCAGACUUGUGGAGGUUGAACCCCUUUCUUACAUAAAAACUUUACUUUUUGUUUGAAUUGGCAAUUAAGCCGCUGGCCACAUAAGUGACAACGCUCUAUGACUAUAAGAAAGCAAAAACGAAAUGAAUCUGGAAGAUGCAGUCAAAUGUGGCCUUGAAAAUGAACUAUUGGUUUUCCUAACACCCAUCUACUGCAUAGCGGUUUAUCUUGUGGAUACCUCUAUGAUCCUCCAUCCAACUUUUGAAAACUGGGGCCAGAUGGAUAGUCAAAGUGAAACUGCACGUCUCAUCCCAUUUUCUUUAAAAAUGCUUAGUACCUUGUCAGUAUGAGGCUAUAACCUGAUCGAGUUUUCAUAGCACCCACUUUCCUUUUUUAUAUUUUAGAUCCCUAUGCUCAUCGCCAUGAUUAAAGGCCCCGACUACCUACGUCUCACAGACUUGUCACGUGAUCCAAUAAUUAGUUCAGACAUCGUGGUUCAGGGUGAUCCGGCACAUUAUGUCUAUGACAAGUUUGAUAAGCUGUCUAAAGUCACGUAUUAUUGGUUCCUGGGCAAGGAGUUUAGAGGAGACAUGGUAAGUCUUUAUUCCAGCCUUGAACAUUUAAGAGUGACCAACAUGCAGUUUCUCCUUAUAAGGACGAAGCUCAGUCAAGCAACCAGGUUAGGAGAACAAAUCAAAUCUAAGUGCGAGAGAGAGGGAAAAACGGAAGAAGAGAGGGCUGUAGCCUCCAGCCUUCCUCUACCUAUCGCCUUUUCUUGAUGGUUCCAGGAAGCCUUUUUGCUGGCCAGUGUGACCAAUUUACCAUUUCCCAUCCCCUCCCUGCCUCCCCAAACGGUUUUGGGUAUUUCUUUCUUUUAAGCAGGCAUGGUGUCGCGAAAAAUGGAAGUAAAAACAAAUAAUGCCAUUUAUCUGAUACACCUACUACCUCGUUCAUGGACCUUCUUUUUUUCCCACAGAUAACGAGCUAUGAUGGUAUCUUGCGUUACACAGUUUCACAUGAAAUGGAUCCGGGAGGCAAACUGACCUCGGAAACAGAUGUUCAGUUAAGGGUAGGUUGUGUUUUUUACAAUAACUAAGCGAAUCCUCACGCGCUGAUUGGUCGAGAGUUAUGGUCUAUGAGAGUAUAGACCGUGAUUUUUAAUGACAUAACAUUUUCCGAGAAACUUCGCAGGAAACGAAAAAUAAAUGUUAUUGUAAAAAAUAAAUCGACCACAAUUUUCCAUCUUCUACACUCUUAUAGACCAUAGAAAUUACGCCAUAAAAUGUUCAAAACUUUGCAGUGAAACCUGAGUUUUGAACAUUUUAUGACGUCAUUUCCAUGGUCUAUGAGAGUGUAAACCAUUGUGAAAUUGUGGUCGACUUGUUAAAUACACUCCGUACCUCGAAAUAUACAAGAAUUUUUUUGGCAACAUUAUUUCUUUAAGCACCCGCUUACUGGCUUUUCGGCUUUUGACAGCACAUAGAGAACUGAAUAGAAACACUUUCAGUUAUGUAGCCUGCGAACAGCAGACGCAUUUCCGGUCGUCGCUUCUCUCCCUCCGAAACGACGACCGGAAAUGCCACCAUUUCGCAUGGUAUUUGAUACUCUAGAGUAAGCCAUCGAAAGCCUACGUUAAAGUGCGGACGCGAAGCUAAACCCAGAAAUCUUCACCUAAAACGAAUUUAAUUUAACUGUAGGCCAAAGGAAGGCUAACCUGGACUGCAUGGUAACUCUUUGACAUUUUCCACCUUUUUUUAGUUGUCCUUCCAUAACACCCUCGCGUUGCCUUUUGGUUACGUGUUUGUUUGUUUGUUUUUCAUAUCUUAUAGGGGAGAGGAAUUGUUCUGAACUUUAGCCAUAGGAGACGUCUUGAAGGAGGAAAGAAAAUUGUUUAUGGCCUAAAAUUCAACGAGGUAGUUUACAUGUGACGUACUUGUGUCAACACAAUAUCGUCCGCAUGAGUUGAGUGGGAAAUCACGCGUCUGCGGCAUAAUCAUUCGAAAAGAGACGUGAGAGUUUUUUCUUCCCCUUUCCACUUGUCUCCACUCGCAGCUCGUAUUGCUUGCCAAUCGAAUUGGAGGCCAGGGUUAGAGUUGAUUUCCACUGUCGCGUAAUUUUUGCCCGCGUAAAUGAAAAAGAGGCAAUGUAUGAAAAGGCCACGCGUAAACGUAAAACUUUUACGUAUACACGUGACCUUCCAUACAUUGUCUCUAUUUUAUAUACGCGCGUACAAUUUAUGUGCGUUCGCACCUAAAAAUUACGCGACAAUGGAAAUCCACCCUUACUCUAAGCCGGACGUCUGUCUGCUGGAAUAGAGUAACGUGGCCUCUGGGACGACUCUGUGUGCUUUUCUCCGUUUUCCGAUAGGCGUAACUUGGAUGGCGAGCGUUUUCGCGCUUUUUAGCCGAAAGAAGGCUUAAAACGGUUCAUUUUUUGUGAACGUUGGAACGUGCGUAGGUUUUCUCUAACACCGACUGUUAUUACACCAGGACUACCUGAGGUUCCCAAAUCGUAGCCGUGUAACAAGAGAGGACGUAAUGACGGCACUUUCUGCUGUGGAGAGCAUCUUAGUUCGAGCAACUUAUAGCACCACCACGACACAAGCCAGGUUAGAUUAAAACUAACUUAUUGGACGUUCUUAUACCGUUUGUGUAAAGGCUGUAAUUAGCUUUGUUAUUUAUUUAUUCAUUUUUAUUAUUAUAUGCUGCAUAUUAAUGUUAUUAUUUUGUGGUAAAAGAAAACACCGUUGCUUUACGGAAUCGAAUUUGUAUAGUUGCAUACAAGGACGGCUGGCAUCCAACACCGUGCCACAAGCAAGGGAGAUGAAAAAUUCUAGAGCCCCGGCAAGAUUCGAACCCAUGGCCACUCAAAACCCUCUAUUCAGUGAGAAACGGAGAAACUCUAAGUGCUAAGUUCAUAUUUUGGUCUCAAGAAUCUCCAAAUUUGUAACAUUCAUUUACCGAGCUUUGAAUUUGCUAUCUUUAUUAUUUCAUAAGACUGCGUACUUCGAAUAAAAUCCCCUGUUAUCUUUCCAUAACACGCCAAGCUACUAGGAUGCACCAGGAAAUAGGGAGCUGCUUGGACUCAGCUUUGCAUGACAAACUGCGCAUGCCUCGCCAAUAUCUAAAGCUUUUCGUUCCCCUUCCCUGAUAUAUUCUGUAGUCUAUAUGACGUUAAGCUGGAAACCGCAGUGAAGCAAGAAACAAGAUACGGAAAAGCCAAAAACAUCGAGGAGUGCGCAUGCCCUCCGGAAUACACUGGUACAUCUUGUCAGGUGUGUCUAUCAUAAUGUAAAAAAAGGUCAAUUACACAUCGGCUUUCAUUCGUUCGCCACACUUAUGUAUCACCUAUCUCUCAUUUCAUGCCAUAUUAACUUCUUUGGUGGAAAGCCCUUUUUUGGUUUGGUCAGUGUUAAUAAAGUGCAAUGCAAUGGAUAAGAAGGCCUUUAGCCUACUUUGGCAUUUUUAUCUAUUUAUGGAUUAAUUCAUUGUUAUUUAUUUAUUGUUACUAUUAUUAAUAUCAUUAUUUUUCUGGUUAACUAUAUUUGUCUUCAUCUUGCACAACUUUCAGCGACAUUUCUAUCAUUAUCAAGUGACUGAACCAAAAGAGAAAAGGGACAUCUUAAAUUUAUGGAGUCACAAUUUGUGAACAAAAAGAAAGGAUUAUUCACGGUCAGACAGUUCCCAACAUAAAUGGAAGCACAGUUGUUUUGAUUUUGGUGUUUGCCAACUUUUAUAAACAAUCUCCUCUACCAACUAUCGAUAGUGUUUGUUUACCAGUUUCAGACUGCAUGUUGUAAAUCUGAUGGACAUUUUCUUUUAAGUGUCUGAUUCACAAGGGUGUGAGCAAAAAGGGGAAGAAAUAUAUUCCUUGAGAACUUAGCUAUCACCUGGUAGAACGGGUGGAAGGUUUGAAACUCUUCUGUCUGAAUACAAGAUAUUUUUGAAACACUUUUUCCAUAGUUGUGUACUCUCUAGCCUAACGUCCACAAUGACAAAAACCUGUAAAGAAAAAGUCAAAUUGAGUCUACCACGACAGUGUAUUGAUCUAAUCACCAGUGUGUUCAUUCUGCAGCAAUGUGCGCGAGGAUAUACGCGCUUGUACCCGGGUCCAGAGUUCUCUCCUUGCGUACCGUGUUCCUGUAAUGGACAUUCAAAGGAAUGUCACCCUGAAAAUGGCCAGUGCUUGGUGAGUAUUUAUAUUUGCUCUCUUUGUUAA